CAACCUUACCUUUUAUGGAGACGAGCCGCAGCGUCGCGAGCGCGGACAUAAAAGAGGCGCGUUCGAUGCUCGCGAUGCUGCAUUCAAGGACACCGCCGGGGCAGAAACACACCUGCAGGACUUCACCUCCGGACACACCCCUCACUCACCUGCACAGACAUGGAUGAUGAAAUCGCCGCCCUCGUCGUGGACAACGGCUCCGGUAUGUGCAAGGCCGGUUUCGCCGGGGACGACGCCCCCAGAGCCGUCUUCCCCUCCAUCGUGGGCCGACCCAGGCACCAGGGUGUGAUGGUGGGAAUGGGACAGAAGGACAGCUACGUGGGAGACGAGGCCCAGAGCAAGAGAGGCAUCCUGACCCUGAAGUACCCCAUCGAGCACGGCAUCGUCACCAACUGGGACGACAUGGAGAAGAUCUGGCAUCACACUUUCUACAACGAGUUGCGUGUGGCCCCAGAGGAGCACCCCGUCCUGCUGACCGAGGCCCCCCUCAACCCCAAAGCCAACAGGGAGAAGAUGACCCAGAUCAUGUUCGAGACCUUCAACACUCCCGCCAUGUAUGUGGCCAUCCAGGCCGUCCUGUCUCUGUAUGCCUCUGGUCGUACUACAGGUAUCGUGCUGGACUCUGGUGAUGGCGUCAGCCACACCGUGCCCAUCUACGAGGGCUACGCUCUGCCCCACGCCAUCCUGCGUCUGGACCUGGCCGGACGAGAUCUGACGGACUACCUGAUGAAGAUCCUCACCGAGAGAGGCUACAGCUUCACCACCACUGCUGAGCGUGAGAUCGUGCGUGACAUCAAGGAGAAGCUGGCCUACGUAGCCCUGGACUUCGAGCAGGAGAUGCAGACGGCGGCCUCGUCUUCUAGCCUGGAGAAGAGCUACGAGCUCCCCGACGGACAGGUCAUCACCAUCGGCAACGAGCGGUUCCGCUGCCCCGAGGCGCUCUUCCAGCCUUCUUUCCUCGGAAUGGAGUCGGCCGGCAUCCACGAGACGACCUACAACAGCAUCAUGAAGUGCGACGUGGACAUCCGUAAGGACCUGUACGCCAACACCGUGCUGUCCGGAGGCACCACCAUGUACCCCGGCAUCGCUGACCGCAUGCAGAAGGAGAUCACCGCUCUGGCCCCGCCCACCAUGAAAAUCAAGAUCAUCGCCCCCCCAGAGAGGAAGUACUCGGUGUGGAUCGGUGGCUCCAUCCUGGCCUCCCUCUCCACUUUCCAGCAGAUGUGGAUCAGCAAGCAGGAGUACGAUGAGUCCGGCCCCUCCAUCGUCCACCGCAAGUGCUUCUAAAGCCCUCAGGCCUCCUCCUGCCCCGCCAGGGGCUUCGGGAGUAGAACCUGCUCCUCAGCACCUCCAUCCAGCUAUAAAUGUGGCCUGUGUCAAGAGAAGAUUUUCCCAACCCGAUGAGUCCAGAGUCCAGUGUGGGGUUUUAUAUUUUUGCUAAAGAUCCUCAAUAAACUGUCUUCCCACCCGGCUCGAGCCUGAGCUGUCUCCACUCAUCACGUCUUCUCCUCGUCUGUUUCAUUUCUGUAUGAAUACCCAGUGUUUGUACUCAAUAAAAUGUCACCAUUUGUUUACA